CACAGAGAGAGGGAGAAAGGAAGAUUAAUUGAAAUAUUUAUAGAGAAGGAGAGAGAGAAAGAAAGGAAGAGAGAGAGUUGUGUGUGAAGAUUACUACAAAAUGUUUAGACAUACACAAAGAGCAUAGAUGUACAUUUCAUAUUUUAUAUAGAGAGCGGUGUGGAAAGCAAAACAGUGAAAAAGGGAAUAUAUAUAUAUACAUGUAUUUAUAAACAUUUUGUAAAACAGACACAACUAAUUAGCAAACACGUGACUUAUGCUAUUUCUCUCUCGUUUACUCUGAAGAAAAAACACAGGAAUCUCUUUUGAUCCGGCACAGAUAAAUAUAUCGUUGUCAUAAAGAGAAGUAAAUUACGAAGACUACAGUCGCAGUAACACCAGACAAUAAAACAAAAGGAAGUGUGUAUAUAAAGAAGACUAAAUGGGCCAAGUAUUAGAUGCAUCGAGGAGGACCCGGAAGUGACCUUUGGUCUUCUUGACCAGUAAAUGAAUGAAUAUUAUUGUGUAUCACCAAUAAUGUUGUUAUUCAAUUUCUUACGUUGAUUUCGUUGGACUCGUCCACCUUUCACAUAACAAGGUUUUGCUUUUCCUUAUUGAAUCACUCUGUCUCCCUCACUUUGUCAUUCUUCGAUUUUCUCCUACGUCUCGCUUCGGCUCUUUUUCUUUUUGAUUGUAUUGUUCGGUCUACCACAAGUGGAUGUUUCAUUUUACACCAGAGAGGAAAAUGUGGCGACAUCCGACGAUGUCCUGUUAUCAUCGCAGUCGGAAGAAAACCGUCCUUCACUGCUUCUGUGUUCGCUACAGCUGUAGUGACCUAUCAUUACUUCUUUUGGCUAUAUUCCUGCUGUUCCAGCCAGUCAAAUCACAGACUGUAGAGUCCACUGAAUCCACAAACAGCCAAUCACCCAACAGCCAGUUUCACUGCCAAGUAAAUGCAACCAAUCAAUGUGAAGAGAAUGAGAUGUGUGCAGCAAUAAGCACAGAUAACGGUGUAUGUAUCUGUAAACCUGGUUUCAUGAAGAAUCAGACAGAUAAGUGCAUACCGAUUUCAAUCUCUCAACCUGGAACUUCUUUGGUAUCUACCUCCUCAGAAAGACCUACAGUAGCUGGCUCCACAUCCACUAUCAGAAGUGUCCUAGCAAAUUCCACUGUUACCACAACUACCAUUUCCAGCCAUCCCAAUGCUACUGACCAGUCUAGUUCCCUGAAUCAGUCCAGGACCGUCAGUAUGUCCACAAACUCUAGUCUGUCCAGUAUCUCUACAACCACCAGUUCUUCCAAUACUUCAAGUACCCCCAGUCCGGUCAGCAUUUCUAGUAUGGCUACAAAAAAAGAUGUUACCUCUGGAACUAAAAUUAAGGUUACUACAUCUCAGAAUGCCACUGAUUCCAUAGUUACAACAACCAAAGCAGUGCCAAUAUUGCCUCCAUUAAAAGUGUCUGCUGGCACCAACAAACGUCUGCAACUUCCCAAGAAUGAAAUUAUUCUUACCGCAUAUGUUAUGGAUGAGCCAUUAGAAGGAAAGGAGUUCCAUUACAAAUGGUCAAUGAUAACAUUCCCUAAAGGUGCUGAGAAACAAGGGUCAAUGACUGGACCAGACAGUAAGACAUUUAUUCUCAAAGAUCUUGUUGCUGGUCUUUACACCUUGAAACUUGAAGUCACUGGAAACAACCGAGCUGGUGAAGCCUAUGUCAAUGUAACUGUUAUCCCACCAAAGAGGAUUAAUAAACCCCCAGUCGCUAUAAUUAAACCAACAUCUCUCCAGAUCAAGUUACCUACAUCUGCUAUCCUUGACGGCUCAGACAGCACAGAUGACAUGAAAGUCGUCAAGUAUAAAUGGGAAGAGGUUAGUGGUCCCAUCAAUGACCGACCCAUCGAAAGUAAUGCAUCCAUGUUGAAACUCAAUCAUCUGGAACCAGGGAAAUAUCAGUUUAAGUUAACCGUGACUGAUUCUGAUGGUGCCACAAAUUCCACUUUAGCUAAUGUUACCGCUAUUAAAGAAACUGAUUACCGUCCAACAGCCAACGCAGGAUCUGACGUUGUCAUCAACCUGCCAGAGAAUUCGGUCACUCUCUAUGGAAAUGCCAGUACUGAUGAUAAAGGUAUUGUCAGUUAUGAGUGGACAAAAUCAUCAGAUGACCACUUAGUGGCUGACAUGAUGGGGGUUCGCUCUCCAGUCCUGAAAAUCUCAAACCUUGAGGUGGGAAAUUACAAGUUUACUUUGAAAGUCACGGAUACAGGUGGACAGAAUGCCACAGCAGACGUACAUGUUUUUGUGAAACCAGAGGUGAACCAGCCGCCAGUUGCUGUUACUGCUGGAGAAAUAACUGUUGUAUUACCAGUUGCCAGCCUCGUCCUCGAUGGUCAGAACAGCACGGAUGAUAAAAACAUUGAAACCUACUCAUGGAAACAAACAAGUGGACCCCAGUUGACAUUGUCCAAUUCAGACAGGAACAUUGCCACAGCAACUGGUGACAUCAAAGUGGCAGUGUACAUGUUUAAACUCACAGUCUACGACAUACAGAAGCAGUCCAGCUCAGCAAAUUUGAAGAUCACCGUCACCCAGAAGGAAAACAAGGCCCCCAUGGCGGACGCUGGAGGGGACAAAGUGAUUCAACUCCCAAAAUUAAUAGUUUUGCUGGAUGGAUCCCGUUCACAUGAUGACCAGAAAAUUGUUCGCUAUCAGUGGACCCGAGAUCCAAGCAGUCUGGCUGCAGGGGAGAUUGCCAACAACUCAAACUCGGAAGCUGUGCUGCAACUUAUUAACCUAAUCGCUGGCAGAUAUAUCUUCACUCUUCAUGUCUUUGACAGUGAUGGUCUGUCCAGCUCUGAUUCUGCUUCCAUUAUUGUCAAACCAGAUCCAAGUGAAAUAGACAAAAUGGUUCUGGAACUUGAUACAGACAUUGAACAUUUCACCGUAAAAAGUCUUAAAAAUAUUGAAAGUCAACUUGGCCUGCUGUUGCACAUGACAUCUGAAGAAGACGCUUAUGUUCUGAGCGAGAAGGUUUAUAAAGAUUUCAACAGUGGACACCUAAAGAUAGAAUUUUAUGCUGUAUCUGUCACCAAAGAAACCAAAGUCGUGAAGAAAGGAAUCGAUGUUCUUCGAUGGUUGAAACCGAAAUUGUCUUCACAAACCAACAUUUUUGAAUAUUCCAUUGUGGAUCUCAACACUUUUGUUUGUCAAAAUAAUUGUUCAGGUCAUGGCAAAUGUGACCAGUACACUAAACAAUGUUUCUGCGAGGCCUUUUGGAUGCAGAACUACAUUCUCACAAAAUUUUUUCAUGGUGAAAACAACUGUGAUUGGAGCAUCCUGUAUGUGGUCAUUGUAUGCUUCCUAAUAGUCGUCGGCCUCGCUGGCUUUGUCUGGUUGACUUGCUGUAUAUGGAAAAGACGUCUAUGGCGGUGGAGAACCAGAAAACGGCCCAAAUAUUCUUUACUUUCACAAAAUGAUAAUGUCAAAGAAAAUUUUAAAAUGUUAACUAAAACUCGUUUAAAAGCCAAAACUGGGACCCCAGCCAGUGACUCAGAUCUUUCAAGUGAAGAUACAUUAUUUGUGAAUCACAAAAGCCACAAUGGACAAAUCUGGCCUAAAAAUGGAAUAAAUCAACACAUAAGACCAAAUAUGUUGACCUAGGAUUAAAAACAAUUUACAUUAAGUAUUUUACACCUGGAUAUUGUGAGAGCUGUAAACGAGUUAUAAGACUUUGAAAAAAGAACUCUAAGGAGAUUUUUUU